AUGGAUCCUUUCUCCUACAACUCUCCCGGGUUUGUUAACCUUUUAGCUUCGCAGAGCAGUCCCCCACACGACGUGGACUCUGCUGAGGCAGUUGGUAACUCACCCGGGUUAGUUAAACCUGUAGAAAGAAGAAAGUGGGUUGUCAAAGAAGACCUUGUGCUCAUUAGCGCUUGGUUGAACACGAGCAAGGAUCCCAUAGUCGCUAAUGAGCAGAAGGCAAGGGCGUUUUGGAAGAGAAUAGAGGAGUAUUUUAACUCAAGCCCUCAGCUCAUUGGCGCCGUUCCUAGAGAAUGGAGUCAAUGUAAGCAGAGGUGGGGAAGGGUGAAUGAGCAGGUGUGCAAGUUCGUUGGUUGCCAUGAAGCCGCUUUGAAGGAGCAGACAAGCGGGCAAAAUGAGAAUGAUGUCAUGAAAGCUGCACAUGACAUCUUCUUCAAUGACUUUAAUGUCAAGUUCGCACUUGAACAUUGCUGGAGGGAGCUGAGAUUUGAUCAGAAAUGGAGGUCACACGCGUUGUCGAAAGUUGGUGGAAAGGAGAAGAGGAAGGAAGCAUGUCCGGAGGUGGUGGGUGACGAUGAAGAGGUGAGGCCUCCUGGUGUAAAGGCGAGCAAAGCAGCCAAGCGCAAGAAACAUGGGAAUGAAGCAGCUUAUGAUCAAAUAGAAACCAUGCUAGCUCUGAAAAAUAACAUUUCUAAACAAAAGAUCCUUGAUCGUCUCAUUGGCAAAAAUGAGGAGACUCUUUCUGAUCAAGAAAAAUCCCUUAAGUAUAAACUAAUUGGUGAAAUGCUUUGA